CUUUUGAGUUCAGCUACAUUAGGAAAAUUCGUAUUAAAUCACAUUCACAUGAAAAAACAAAUUUCGUCAUAGUAAAAGCCCGAUAAAAAAACUUUAGGACGCAGCUAAAUUCUCAAUUGCAGUUUACACAACAAUUAACAAAGAUAAUCCGGAAGACACAAAACCAACACUUGUUCAGCAGUUAGCGGGUUAGCAGCAACGCAAUCGCAUCCAUUAUGUCGUACCAGAUCAAGUCGACGCCGUAUUUCCGCCGCAUGUACAACAACAGCAAGCGGAAUGGGCAGCUGCAGCGUUUGCGGGAGGAGUACGAGCGGAUACAGGAGUUCAACGAUCGCACCAUCGAGCUGAAGAUGCGCCAGGUGAGGCUGAAGCGGCUCUUCCGCGAGAUCGAGGAAAUCAAGGAGGGGCCAGUACCAUUGACCAAUGGAAACGGCGCAGGUCCUCUGGUGUCUGGCCCGAUCGCGUGCAACGCUGGCACCUCCACCGCCACGACCAGGGCCAUGCAGCGACGCCGUCGACAGGAGCUAGUGGCGCCAACGGUCGAGCAGCAGCAGUACCUGCAGCGCCUGGACACGCUGGCACGUGCCAAGGAACUGGGGAAGGAGAUCUCGCGCCGCAAUGCCGAGUUGGCCGAGGCCGGUGCGGGCCACAGCCUGCGCAGUGAUCUGCGGCUGACCACCAAAAUGCAGGCGGCCGCCGAUGCGAAGCGUGCGGCAGCGGACAGACGGGAGCGGGCCGCCAAGCGCAUCAGCUAUGGCAAUGCCCAGUCUAAGCAGAAUCUGCAGCGCAUCGUGAGCAGCCGGCAGCGGCGUCUCUGUGGUGGUGGAUUCACUGGCGCGGGCGCCGCCGCUGCUGGCUCGAUGGACUUCUGCUCCACUGGCAGCUCCGGCCAGCAGGAGCCAGCGGCGGCCAUCAACAUGUCACGGCUGCAGCGUCCGGAUCUGACCAAGAAGGCCAUGCUCAAGCAGCGUCUUAACUACGGCAACUCGCGCUCCUGCAACAACAUGAGGCGUCAAUGCCGCCACAAGCAAGCCCAAGGCCAAUCCCAUGGCCAGGGGCAGGGUUCUGUUAAGUUCUCCAGCCAGAUGAAUCUCCUGGCCGGCUUCGAUGAGGAGGCUGAGGGCGAUGGUGAUGAUGAUGAUGAGGAGCAGCAGGGGCUGGAGCUACAGAGCGAGUCAUCUGGUCACCAUGGCCAUGGCCACAUGCUGGCCCCUUAUACGCUCAGCAGCGGGGCCCCCACCGCGAUGGAGGACCAGGGGCCACCAGCCACAUCAUCUGAAGAGCAAGAUGACUUGGAGACCGAUAUGAGCACAGCCCCGCAGGCAUCUACAUCUCAGGCAACCACCACAAUUCCGGCACAGCAAGUGGCAAUGAUCCAGGAGGAUGCGGUGUCCAACACCAACAACAAGAACAGCUGGCUCCGCAUCUCCCAGGCUCUGCCGUGGUUCAAGGCCUUCCCCAGACUCCUGGACGGCACCCUGCCUGUCUGCGCCAGCGAGAGCAUCUCGUCCAGCAGCAGCUACGAUGAUCUGGAUAUCCCUGCCCCCACUCCCACCGUUUUCCAGCAGCAGCAGCAGCAUCAGGAGUUCCACCUGCCACCCUUCAGAUUCCGUAAAACAAACCAUUAAAAGCUGCCGGACCCAGCGAUGAAGCAACAAAGCGAAAACAGAAGCAAUUAGAAACAAACCAAAAUUUAAGUGAGAUUCCAGUCCACAUUUAGAAUCAGAUCCCACCCAAAGGGACACAGGCGGCUACAAUUCUUCUUUUUUGAAACCCCCCAAAAAGAGAGAGAGAAAGAGCAGAGGCAAAAAAUUGCAAUUGUAACUCCCGAGACGUCAAUUAACCUGCCCAAUGGCGGAACGGACACGUGUCCACGAGGGCACCAGCCCAAAAUGGAAUCACGACUACAGGCGGAACACAACUACAGACAGACAGAAACAGAGAGAAGGAAGAGAAUCAGAGAUAAUAUAUUCACAUUUAUAUUUCUUUUUGGGUGAUUAAAAAUAAGUCGGAGCAACA